AUUCCAUUUUAGAGUUUUCGUAACAAAAAACAUGGCAAAAUCGCUCAAGAAAUCAGUCAAGUUGAGUCUACGACGAGUCCGGAUCAACUCACCGUCCAUUAGGUUCAAUCCGGACUCCAGUUCCAUAGAAAGAGACCAAAGAAUAGAGUUUCUUGGCCAAAAUGCUGAUGAUGCUGAAUCCACAGGAGAAGGAAGCAAAGGCAAAAUUAGCCAACGAGAAGAGACUGAAGUCAAAGAAAAAGAAACCGUCAAAGUUAUCAUAGAGGAAGAAAAAGAAGAAGAACAAGAUGAUGUCAAGAGCUUUAAAAAUGAAGGGAAGAAAGAGGCUGUAGUAGCGGUUGAGACGGUUAAAGAGGAGGAGACUGAAGGCAGUAACAGAGUAAUGGUGGUGGUGGAUAAAGCCCUUGCUUCUACAGGAGCUUUAGAGUGGGCUAUUACACAUACCUUACAACCACAAGACACUCUUUUUCUCUUAUACUUUGCACAACCAUUUACAAAAGGUAAAAGAAAGAACCGAAAACGCGAGGUGAAAACUGAUGAAUUAGUCCAUACUCUGAAGAAACUGUGCCAAACAAAACGACCAGGGAUAGAGGUGGAGAUAAGGAGGCUAGAAGGGAAAGACAAAGAGAAAGGAGCAAAGAUAGUUGAAGAAUCAAAGAAACAACAAGUGAGUCUUUUAGUGGUUGGACAAGAGAAGAAACCUCCUGUAUGGAGGCUAUUGAAGAGAUGGGCUUGGAAGAGACGCCGUGGACAUGCUGGUGUUCUCAAAUACUGUCUUGAAAACGCUUCUUGUAUGACUAUAGCUGUUAAACCAAAGAAGCGCAAGCACGGUGGUUACUUAAUCACUACCAAACGCCACAAAAACUUCUGGCUUCUCGCUUAA